CCGGAUCACCACAGCUUGCCCACCCAGGCCUCCCCUGCCCUGUCUGCUCAUUUCUUGAACUGCCACCACACUGCAAAUUCACGUCGACCAAAGAGCUAGUGUCUUCUUGCGCUUGAGCCAGGUGCAAGCAAAGGCCAUGGGUGGCAAGCUGCUACUCGAUGCCGGCCACGAGGCGGCACCGCCUACCCUGUCGAAGGUGGCCACCUCCGGCCUCCACGGCGAGGACUCCCCAUACUUCGCCGGGUGGAAAGCCUACGACGAGAACCCCUACGACGCCGCCUCCAACCCGGGCGGCGUCAUACAGAUGGGCCUCGCCGAGAACCAGGUCUCGUUCGACCUCCUCGAGGGGUACCUCAGGGACCACCCGGAGGCGGCGGGCUGGGGCGGCGCCGCCGCCGGCUCGGGCGUCGCCAGCUUCAGGGACAACGCGCUGUUCCAGGACUACCACGGCCUCAAGGCCUUCAGGAAGGCCAUGGCGAGCUUCAUGGAGAAGAUAAGGGGCGGCAAGGCGAGCUUUGACCCCGACCGCAUCGUGCUCACCGCCGGCGCGACGGCGGCCAACGAGCUGCUCACCUUCAUCCUGGCCAACCCGGGGGACGCGCUGCUCAUCCCGACCCCUUACUACCCUGGCUUCGAUAGGGACCUGAGGUGGAGGACGGGGGUGAACAUCGUGCCGGUCCACUGCGACAGCGCGAACGGGUUCCAGGUCACCGUCGCCGCGCUCCAGGCGGCGUAUGACGAGGCCGAGGCCGCGGGGAUGCGCCCCCGCGUUGUCCUGCUCACCAACCCGUCCAACCCGCUCGGCACCACCGUGAAGCGGUCGGCCCUCGAGGGCGUGCUCGACUUCGUGUCCCGCAGGAACGUCCACCUCAUCUCCGACGAGAUCUACUCGGGCUCCGUCUUCGCGGCGCCGGACCUCGUCAGCGUGGCGGAGCUCGUCGAGGCCCGCGCGCGCCGCGGCGGCGGCGCCGCCGCCGCCGUAGCGGGGCGCGUGCACAUCGUCUACAGCCUGUCCAAGGACCUGGGCCUCCCGGGGUUCCGCGUCGGCGUGGUCUACUCGUACAACGACGCCGUGGUCACCGCCGCGCGGCGCAUGUCCAGCUUCACGCUCGUGUCGUCGCAGACGCAGAAGACGCUCGCCGCCAUGCUCGCCGACGGCGCGUUCGCCGCCACCUACAUCCGCACCAACCGCGACCGCCUCCGGGCGCGCCACGACCACAUCGUCGCCGGGCUGGCCCGCGCCGACGUGCCGUGCCUGCGCGGCAAUGCCGGGCUGUUCGUGUGGAUGGACAUGCGGCGGCUGCUCGCCGAGCCCACCGUCGCCGGCGAGCUGAGGCUGUGGGACCGGAUGCUGCGCGAGGUGAAGCUCAACAUCUCGCCGGGCUCGUCGUGCCACUGCUCGGAGCCCGGGUGGUUCAGGGUGUGCUUCGCCAACAUGAGCUUGGACACGCUGGAUGUUGCACUCGCGAGGAUGAGCCGCUUCAUGGACAGGUGGAACAAGGAAAGAACCAUGUCAACGCAGCAAGAACAGAAUUAGGGAGGUCAACAAGUAAUUUUUUCAGGGUAAAUUACAUGAGUAAUCAUGUCACAGAGUAAAUGAUCAAAGGGAUUAGUAGCAAUUCUUUCUUACAAAUCUUCUAUUGAUGGUAACAUCAAUUUUGUAACAAUAAUUGCCUCUCACAUGGAGGGAUAUAUAGAUGUGUAAGAAUCCAUCUUAGCUCA